UUCAAAAAUGUGGUUACAUUCUAUGUAUUUUUUAUAGUUGAUAUACUUUGAUACGGUACAAUUUUGAAAACUGAUUGUUUUUUUACCAAAAUGAUUCCUGCAAACACUAUUUGUGUAUCCCAAGAGGGACCUGCUAACGCUUUGGCGCUAAAUAAAGACUGCACACAAGUCGUAAUAGCUGGAAGAAAUGUUUUCAAGGUCUUUUCCUUGGGUGAAAAUGAAUUCUCUGAGGUGUGUAAUCUAAGGGUUGGAAAGAACUUGAAUCUUAAUUUUUCUUCGAUUGAUGUCGCAUGGAGUACUAUUGAAGAAAACACAUUAGCCACUGCUGCAACAAAUGGUGCAGUAGUAGUGUGGAACCUUGGACGUUCUGGUCGCUCUAAACAGGAGCAUGUCUUCUCAGACCAUAAAAGGACAGUGAACAAGGUGAGUUUCCACCUGACUGACCCAGCACUACUUAUUUCGGGCUCUCAAGAUGGCAUGAUGAAGUGUUUUGACCUUCGCAUGAAGGACGUAGCCCGAACAUUCAUCAGCAACACAGAAUCGAUCCGUGACGUGCAAUUCAGUCCGCACCAGGCACACACUUUUGCAGCUGUAUCAGAGAACGGCAGUGCCCAGCUGUGGGACGUGCGACGUCACGAGAGAUGCCUGCAACAGUUCACUGCUCAUUCGGGGCCAGUGUUUGCUUGCGACUGGCAUCCGGAAAUGCCCUGGUUGGCUACCGCUUCCAGAGAUAAAACUAUAAAGGUAUGGGAUAUCCACGCGAAGCCCAACCUGGAGCACACCAUCUACACCAUCGCCUCCGUCGGUCACGUCAAGUGGCGCCCGCAAAAGACGCACCAGGUGGCGUCGUGCGCGCUGGUGCUGGACAACUCCGUGCACGUGUGGGACGUGCGCCGCCCCCACGUGCCGCUCGCCACCUUCGCCGAGCACCGGGACGUCACCACCGCCGUGGCCUGGCUCGGGGGGCCGCACUCGUUCCUCUCCACCAGUCGGGACUGCAGCCUGUACCGGCACCGGUUCGUGGAGGCGGCGCACCCGGUGCUGUGGGCCAACCCUCAGGCGCUGUGCUUCUCCCCGCGCGGGGACAUCGCGCACGCCGCCCCCGAGCGCCCCCUGCCGCCCCUCAACCCCGCCCCGCGCCCCGACCGCCCGCCCCCCGCCCUCGGGCGCAAGCAGCCGACGGCGGGCUCCCUGAGCGCGUCUUCCCAGGCGGCCCUGGAGCGCGCGUUCCCCGGCGGCUCCGCGUCCACCUUCAGCCACUACAAGGUCAAACCCGAACUCGCGGAGCCGCCGACCCCGCCGUCGCCCCCGCCCCCGGGCCCGCCGCCGCCCCCAUCCCCGCCCGGCCGCGACGAGGAUAAGAGGAAGGAGUGGCCGCUGGACCUGCGCGCCGCGGCGCUGGUGGGCUGCGCGCGGGGGUACCGCAUCCGCGGGGCGCCGCCGCACGAGCUCGCCGACCACAACGCCGCCGUCGCCGCCUCCUACGGCCGCCACAUGGUGGGUCAACGCCCCCGUCCUCGCCCCCGCACCCUCCGCCGGCCCUACAGUGCGCGUGUGUGUGCAGGUGGCGCACGUGUGGUCGGUGCUCCGCGUGUGGAGCGCGUCCCGGCAGCGGCCCCCCACGCCGCGCCGCCCGCCCCCGCCCCAGGCCGCGCCCCCGCCCCCGCCCUCCUACAGCCCCCCAUCUUCGAAGUGACCGGGAGUGUAUCGGUGUGUCUCUUGCUAUACCGCAGCGACAGCAGCGUGGAGGAGGAUCCCCUGGAGGAGGAGGAGGAGUGGGCGGAGUCGCAGUUCCAGUACAGCGGCGUGCUGGGCGUGCCCACGCGCACCAUAUACAUACCGCCCGCCAAGUUCCGCGCCAUCAGCGACGACGGUUUAUUCAUACACGUAAAGGCGACGCCCGCCCCUCGUAAGCUAGCUUAAUCUUGAUCACGUGCGGAAUUUUUUUUUUUUGUAUGUGUUCGGUGUAAUGUUACCGAACAGAAUGACGUUUGCUUUGGUCAAUUAGUUUUUAAAUUAGCAUGUAUAAUGUCGCCGUCGCGUGUACUUAUACUUAAAAUUUCAACAUUAAACAUUAACAUUUGUAUAAGGAUAAAUAAAAACUUUAUACGGUGUAACAUAAACUUUUACUUGAAUAUUCCAAUUUAUAACAUCAAUCCACAAAAAAGGAUUUAAACACGAGGUGGGAAAUCUAUAGACCGGUUCCUAAACCGUGUAUAA